UGAAUGAUUUUUCGGCUUUACGAGAUGGUGACAAGAUGGCCGAGAGCGCGGGGCUGGUAAGCAUCAGCAUCCCGCUGAUCUAGCGUCUCAUUGCAUGAUUCGCUAUGCAGAGCUUCGCUAUCCAUGCAGGGGUUCCCUCUCGGCUCAAAACAUAUUCCAAGCUCCGAGCAAUUCCCAACUUGAGCAUAUUUGACUUCGUUGGCGAUCCAUAAUCCUAUACGCUCUAUUUCGAAUUCUAUAAUCUAUUAUAGGCGCUUUAGUGGUACACCAUGGGUUUGAUUCGCAAGACUCUCGGUACGGCGCUGGCAGUUGCAGCUGGAGGUGCCGGUUACUUGACUGCGACGACCAAUCUUACGACUCCAUUAUCGGCAGACGACGAGCUAUGGUCCAGCAGGAGCUUCAAAAGGUUCAAUCGUCAUCGUAAUCCGUCAAUACAAGACGUAUGUUGGAAAAGCAUACCUUUAUCAGAUGUCCGACCGGAGCUCCGAGAAAAUGAAGAGGCGCUGACAAUGGAAUUCUGUCGCGGCGCGUGGGCUGGGUAUGCAUACGCACCUCAGCGGGCAAUUAUGUCCAUCACCAACAAAGGACCCAAGACGGAAAAUCAACUAUUUGACGAGCAGCAGUUGGCGUCUUCCAAGUAUGAGCUAGGAACGCGGUUCUCGGACCAUUUCGAGGUGGUAGAGAGGACGCGCAACUCGGUGACGUUAAGAGGCGGCGGGUCGCCACUCGAGCCCGGGCCCCGCGAAGUAGAUGGGCUGUUUGUUAUAAGCGCGAAGCUGAACAGGCAAGCCGGCACGGUUGACGUUGGAUUAAAGACAGUCUUCUUCAAUAGCGCGGAGCCCACAGGGAAGAAGCCGGCUCCUUUCUUCGUCGAGUUGCUCCACCGAUACUACGCUAGGGCGAUGGUCGACGACGGCGCGCGACGAUUGACGCGGAAAACCCCGUGAUCGCCAUUUGUAUUUGUGGCGUAUUUCGAACCACGACCUCGACUUAGGAAAAAAUGAUGAGGAUAGAUUAUCUAGGUCUGUUAACUGGGUAGGAGUUGGGGAGUUUUAAUAUUCCAUAAUAUGGAAUAAAAAAACAAUUGAGUUUCUUCAUAAGUUAUCCCAUGAGUUAUUUCAUAAAGUCGA